AAUCAUCACGUUCCUUCUUCCUAGCCCACACCAACAACUCCGUGUUUCGGAUCCCAGAUUAGUUCAUUAAUUUUCCGAGUUUCAUCACUCAGUUUCAGAAUUCAUUCAGAGACGACGAUAUUCAGAGAUCCCUCCAAAUUUUCUCUAUUUUCUUCUCAAAACUCAGAUCCCUUCAGUACCAUUGUGAAUGGUGGAAGCAAUUGACAGUAGUAGUAAUUUCAUGCUCCCCCUUUGCGAAUCAAGGGUGAGCGCUGUUCUUACGGUGCCUGUAGCCUCCGGUUUCUCCUUCGGUUCUUGCAAAAAGGGCUGGUACUACCGCUGCCUCGGCGUCGACCCAUAAAGAGGCAUACCAAUCUCCCCCACCGCCGAUAACCCCAUUUCUUUUUCUUCCAUUGUUCGUCGUUUGAAUCCCAAAAAAAUCCAAUCUUUCACCUUCCUUGUUGACGUCAUUCGAUUUUGUUGUUUGUUGGUGUUGUUCCUUCGAUUCGAGUUUGAUUCCUUCUGCAGGACGAAGAUGUUGCUCUACAAGCAGAAGAAGACUCAGCCCGCCAAGGGCAACAGGAUGUUGAUUACAAUCACUGUGUUGGGUAGCGCAGGUCCCAUCCGAUUCCUGGUGAACGAGGAAGACCUUGUUGCCGCCGUCAUCGAUACCGCUUUGAAGUCCUAUGCUCGUGAGGGUCGGCUCCCCGUUCUCGGCACUAAUCUCAAUGAUUUCCUGCUGUACGUCCCCUAUGGUAGAUCUGAUGCUCUGAGUCCAUGGGAGACAAUUGGAUCGCAGGGGACUAGGAAUUUCAUGCUGUGCAAGAGGCCACAGACAGAGAAGAUGGUAGUUGAUGAAAAAUCGAACUUAGCAAUUACUCGGAAGGGAGGUGGGAGUUGGAAGGCGUGGAUUAACAAAUCCUUUAGUCUUAAGAUUUCUUCCCAUUAAUUAACAUAUAGAUAUCUAGUUCAAGCUUUAGUCUUCUUGUUGGUUAUGGUUUGUAGCCAUCAUGGAUGAUGGUCUUUCUUUUCAUUUAUGCUCUUGAAACCUGAAUGUUCUCAAGAAUAAAUUUUUACUGUUAUAUGAAGUUUUUGCUUUGAAAUAAGGAAAUACUGUUUCUUUAUUGUGUUUGGCAAAAGUUGUAUUGGUAUUGUGGUUGUGGAGGCUUGAUUGGUGUCGGAUGCAACUGGGAGAGGAAUCUACUGGGGAACGUAGGAGUCUAACUUAGUACGGAUUUGUUAGGGAACUGAAAUUUUGUACAUGUUUAGUAUUCUACUGAUUACCGGAUCUAUUGGCUUCAAUUCUGUUUAUGUGACUUUAGAGUUUGAGAGGAACCUAAAAUGUGGGACUCGAGAGAAUAUUGCUUCCUGGUAAUGAAUUCAGUGUCUUCUG